UGGGGCAAGAGUGACUCCUUCCGGACCUCAGGCAUCUAGGGUCCGGCGCGGUGACCCCGCCUCCCUCACCUCCGGCGCGGCCAGCAGAGCAGGGAAGGGACAGCGGCUCAGCAUCGAGGUGCACGGGCCUGGUCCACGCUGCACCCGCUCAAUCCCAGGAACGGACGCACAGCGGACCAGCACAGGGGCGGGCAGCGAGUGAGCACGCUGGGCACCCGUGCGCCUCCGCCGGCGGCAACUUUUACCAUGGAGUUUGUGCGGGUGCUGUGGCUCGGGAUGGUGCUGGCUUGGGAGGCUGCGCCCAUCCGCGGACACCCACAGCCGUGCGGCGUUCUGGCGCGCCUGGGGGGCUCGGUGCGCCUGGGCGCCCUCCUGCCCCGCGCGCCCACUGCUCGCGCCCGUGUCCGCGGCGCCCUGACCCGGGCAGUGCAGGCCACUAGGCUGCCGUUCAACCUGAGCUUGGAGCUGGUGGUCACCACGGCCCCUGCGCGCGACCCCGCCUCGCUGGCCCGCGGACUCUGCCAGGCGCUCGCGGCGCCGCCGGGCGUGGUGGCCCUGCUGGCCUUCCCCGAAGCGCGGCCCGAACUGCUGCAACUGCACUUCCUGGCCGCCGCCACCGAGACCCCCGUGCUGAGCGUGCUGCGGCGGGAGGCGCGCGCGCCCCUCGGCGCCCCGACCCCAUUUCACCUGCAGCUUGACUGGGCCUGCCCCCUGGACACGUUGCUGGAGGUGCUGGUGUCGGUGCUGCGGGCGCACGCCUGGGAGGACGUGGCCCUAGUGUUGUGCCGUGUCCGGGACCCUGGUGGCCUGGUGGCUCUCUGGACAAGCCAGGCUGGUCGGGCCCCUCAGCUCGUGCUGGACCUUGGCCGGCUGGGCCCCGAGGCUGCAGACAUUCAGGCUCGCCUGGCCCCCCUAGGGGCGCCCAUCCCCGUAGCCAUCCUCCUUGGCUGUGAUGCCCUCCAUGCCCGCCGGGUGCUGGAGGCUGCUCCCCUGGGCCCACACUGGCUGCUGGGUACUCCACUUGCCGCCGAGGCCCUGCCCACGACCGGCCUGCCACCUGGGCUGCUGGCAUUGGGCGAGGUGGCCCGGCCCCCACUGGAGGCCGCUGUACAUGAUGCGGUGGAAUUGAUAGCACGUGCAUUGGGCACCGCAGCCAGCGUGCUGCCAGAUCAUGCCCUGCUCCCCGGCCGGACAAGCUGCGAGGACCCACAGGCACCCAGGCCAGACUCUUCCAGGCGUCUCCUGGCACGGGUCCUAGCCAACACGACCUUCCGGGGCCGCACGGGGCCUGUGUGGGUGACCGCCACCUCCCAAGUGCACCUGUCUCGGCAAUUCAAGGUAUGGAGCUUGCGUCACGACCCGCUGGGGGCCCCUGCCUGGACAACGGUGGGCAGCUGGCAGGAGGGGCGGCUGCAGCUGGAGCCUGGCGCAGUUACUGCCAGGGCCGCAGCCAGGAGGCCCCCACCCCCGCCGGGAGCCCAGGCCCAGCCCAAGCUGCGGGUGGUGACACUUGUGGAGCACCCAUUUGUGUUCGCACGUGAGCCAGACGAGGACGGGCAGUGCCCUGCUGGGCAGCUGUGCCUGGAUCCUGGCACCAGCGACUCGGCUGCCCUGGACGCGCUGUUUGCGGCCCUGGCCAAUGGCUCGGCACCGCGCACGCUGCACAAGUGCUGUUAUGGCUACUGCAUCGACCUGCUGGAACGGCUUGCAGAGGAUGCGCCCUUCGCCUUUGAGCUGUACAUCGUGGGUGAUGGCAAGUAUGGCGCCCUGCGCGACGGCCGCUGGACUGGCCUGGUGGGUGACCUGCUGGCCGGCAGGGCCCACAUGGCCGUCACCAGCUUCAGCAUUAACUCGGCCCGCUCCCAGGUGGUGGAUUUCACCAGCCCCUUCUUCUCCACCAGCCUGGGCAUCCUGGUGCGGGCGCGGGACACAGCCUCGCCCAUCGGCGCCUUCAUGUGGCCGCUGCACUGGUCCAUGUGGGUGGGCGUGUUCGCCGCCCUGCACCUUACCGCUCUGUUCCUCACCCUAUAUGAGUGGCGCAGCCCCUACGGCCUCACGCCCCGCGGCCGCAACCGCGACACCGUCUUCUCCUACUCUUCGGCCCUCAACCUGUGCUAUGCCAUCCUCUUCGGCCGCACCGUGUCCAGCAAGACACCAAAAUGCCCCACUGGCCGCUUCGUCAUGAACCUCUGGGCCAUCUUCUGUCUACUCGUGCUAUCUAGCUACACAGCCAACUUGGCCGCCGUCAUGGUCGGGGACAAGUCCUUCGAGGAGCUGUCAGGGAUCCAUGACCCCAAGCUGCACCACCCGUCCCAGGGCUUCCGCUUCGGCACGGUGUGGGAGAGCAGCGCCGAGACCUACAUCAAGAAAAGCUUCCCCGAGAUGCACGCGCACAUGCGGCGCCACAGCGCACCCACCACCCCGCACGGCGUCGCCAUGCUCACGAGCGAUCCCCCGCAGCUCAACGCCUUCAUCAUGGAUAAGUCGCUGUUGGACUAUGAGGUGUCCAUUGACGCCGACUGCAAGCUGCUGACCGUGGGGAAGCCCUUUGCCAUCGAGGGCUAUGGCAUUGGGCUGCCCCGGAACUCUCCACUCACCUCCAACCUGUCCGAGUUCAUCAGCCGCUACAAGUCCUCAGGAUUCUUCGACCUGCUGCACGACAAAUGGUACAAGAUGGUGCCAUGUGGGAAGCGCGUCUUCGCAGUGACUGAGACCCUACAGAUGGGCAUCUCACACUUUUCGGGGCUCUUCGUGCUUCUGUGUCUGGGCCUGGGCAGUGCCCUGCUCAGCUCGCUGGGCGAACACGUCUUCUUCCACCUCGUGCUGCCCCGCAUCCGCAGGAGCCCGCGGCUGCAAUACUGGCUGCACACCAGCCAGAAAAUUCACCGAGCCCUCAACGCGGAGCCGCGGGAGGGACCCGAGGAGAGGCUGGAGCCUGUUCCCAGCGACCCCAUGGAGCCGCAGCAGGAGGCACCCACCGAGUCCGAGGGCACAGGCCGCUGGAAACGGGUGCGCCGGGCGGUGGGCAAGGAGCGACGCGUGCGCUUCCUCCUGGACGCUGCCCCGGAGCCCGAGGCGCACGCCCCCGCUUGGCCAUGCUCCAAUGGCCGCCCGCCCGCUGCGAUGCCCACGGGCGCCCCUCGGCCCGGCGAGCUGCAGGAGCUGGAGCGGCACAUCGAGGGUGUGCGGGAGCGGCUGCGCCAGGCCCUGGUACGGCGCGGGGACCUGCUGGCUCAGCUCAGGGAGGGCGCUGGCCACUUUCCGCUGCGCCUGCUGCCAGAAAGAGAGCCCCCCGCGCCCGCCCCGUGACCCUGGCCCGCCCCACCAGGUGGUUGUGCACAGGCUCUGCCGGCGGUUGUCCAGGAAGUUUAUUCUAUAAUACAAACACAAUCUUGUACACUGCAAUUAAAUAGAGUGGAAUGAGCACUCGCC